UUCUAAUUUUUCUAUUUUUGUUACUAUGGACACAGUAAACAUCAAAGUAGUGCAAUUCAGACUCUGUUAAUUUUCCAAAGAACAAAGAUUUGUGAGCAAAUUCAUCAGAUUAUCGUCAGAAUGUCACUGAAGAACAGCAACGCAAAUGUGGCCAUGGGCAGUGGAUUCUGGCACAGUGCGAAACCAGCUGUGUACAGCAAGGAAACCCAGGAGCUGAUCAGGGCCAUGAUGCAGGAAUCCAAACUCACAAACUUUCAGCAGCGUCAGAUCAGCGACCGAUUAAACCGUGGCGAUUCGUUACCAUCUCAGUGCCACCCCACCUCCAGCCGCCAGCCUCCUCCUUCAGCGCCCACAAACCAGAGGCGUAAGGUCACCCUCUCCCUGGCCAGGCCAAGCUUACGUCCUGCAGAGAGGUGCCGAGCAGGAGACGCCUACAGCAGGGAGAAAUUCCAGCCGCGACCAACAAGAGACCUGAACAAGGAGAAGCACAGAUUACAGAACCUGAUGGCUACUGGGAAAGACCUUCCGGAACCAUCCCGGGCCCCUCCACAAACACAGGAGCCAAAGGAAGAGGAGGAGGACAGAUUUGAUGAGUUGGUGGCUGAAAUUCAGGAGCGGCGGGAGUUCCUGGAGGAUAUGGAAGCUUUGGGUCGAGGGAAGGAAUAUCAGAACAUUAUUCGUACAGAGAUCUCUCAGAAACUGCGAGAGAUGGAAGUGAUUGACAAGAUGAGAUGCGCAGAGCUGAGGGCGGAGCUUCAUCGAUCUGAGGGGGAGUCCGAGAGUUCAUCAUAACCUGUCCUAGGGAGAUAUCCCAGAAUACACCUCACUGCCCAACCUCCCAGUGUAUUCUCCCAUCCCUGUUAGCCCACAUCCGCGGUCGGGCAGUCAUUAAAGCGGCACAGAAAUCCAACUGAAACGUUCAGAAUAACAUAGAUAGAAUGUACAAUAUUAAAACAAAAAUAAUCCUGGUCACGUCUAUUAUCAGGUUGACCUCUUUCUCCUUGAUUUAAUUUCCAUCAGAGCAUACUGAGGUAGGCUCAGGCGUGAGCGCUAUGACAGCAGUGUUUCUAACAAUAGUACUGAAGACACGUGCACGCUCCUAAGACUACAUUAGCAUGCUCUCAAAGGAAAGAGCUAAGGGGCCCAUUUAUCAAAGGGACUGCGGAUCAGGUCCGCAAGACCUCGCUAAAUGCGGAGAGCAAUACGCUCUCCACAUUUAACAUUGCACCAGCAGCUCACAAGAGCUGCUGGUGCAACGCCGCCCCCUGCUGACUCGCGGCCAAUCGGCCGCCAGCAGGGAGCUGUCAAUCAACCCGAUCGUAUUCGAUCGGGUUGAUUUCCGGCGGUUCCUGUCCGCCUGCUCAGAGCAGGCGGACAGGGUUAUGAAGCAGCGGUCUUUAGACCGCUGCUUCAUAACUUGUGUUUCUGGCGAGUCUGAAGACUCGCCAGAAACACGGCCCUUCAAGCUCCGUACGGAGCUUGAUAAAUGGGCCUGUAAGUUUCCAUAACAGACUUUGAGACAUGGGAAAGUUGAUAAUAAAAGUAUUUUUUCUUUUA